UUCCAUACGCUGUAUUUCUUUCGAUAAAGUUGGUUCUAUCCGGUUAAACAGCCGAUGCGAGUUUUCUUAAAUAAUCAUUAAAGGAUAUAUAUUUUAUGUAAACGCAUAAUAUAUAUAUAUAUAUAUAUAUCAUUAUAAAAUAUACGAUUUUCUUUUAAUCGUAUCAAAGAGUGAAACGUAUCAUAUGUUUCUUGCAACGAUUUUCAUGUUGCACGUAAGAAUUUAUCGUUUAUAACCUAACAAAUUGUAAUAAGCCGUAUUAGAAAAUUUUUUAAAGGAAUACGUAUUAAUUACGAAAGGAAUAAUAUUAUUUAUAAAUAAAAAGGACAUGAUGAUUUAUGUGAACAAGUGUGACGAUAAAUCUUAAAUGAUUUGAUAUAUUUUUUUUAUCUUUUCACGUAAGCAUAUUAUUGACGAUAAAAUUAUAUCAAGUCGUUUAUAUUUUACAUUAAAGAAUGUAGCAUUGUAAUGAUAUAUAGGAUUACCUAUUGAAAUACGAAAUAUUAUAUUCGAAUUUCGUUCGAAUUUAUUUUAUAUUAUUGUUUUCGUCGAGAAAGGAAUUACGAAGAAAGGGAAAAAAUUUAAUAAAGUGAGAUAUAAUUCGUAAGGGAAAAUUGAAAUGAGUUCUCAACAAAGUCCUGCAGCAUUGCAGUCGAGCGUGGAUCGUGAAAAAGUUUAUACAUGGAUCAUUGAAUUGUCAAAUCCUGAAACCAGAGAAAAUGCACUUUUGGAGCUCAGUAAAAAGCGUGAGGUAGUGCCAGACUUGGCACCAAUGUUAUGGCACUCUUUUGGUACUACUGCAUCUCUCUUGCAAGAGAUAAUAAAUAUUUAUCCUGCCAUUAAUCCAGCAACACUUACCGCAUAUCAAAGCAAUCGUGUAUGUAAUGCACUUGCUUUGUUACAAUGCGUUGCCAGUCAUCCAGAUACCAGAUCGGCCUUUUUACAAGCACACGUACCAUUGUUCCUUUAUCCAUUUUUGCAUACCGUAAGCAAAACAAGACCGUUCGAAUAUCUAAGAUUAACGAGUUUAGGAGUUAUAGGAGCAUUGGUCAAAACGGACGAGCAAGAAGUAAUAACAUUUUUAUUAACGACAGAAAUUAUUCCACUUUGUUUGAGAAUCAUGGAAAGUGGCUCGGAAUUGAGUAAAACCGUGGCAACUUUUAUCCUUCAAAAAAUUUUGUUAGAUGACAGUGGUCUUUCUUAUAUAUGUCAGACUUAUGAUAGGUUUAGUCAUGUUGCUAUGAUAUUAGGAAAAAUGGUAUUGUCCUUGGCAAAAGAUCCAUCAGCAAGAUUAUUAAAACAUGUUGUUAGAUGUUACUUAAGACUCUCCGAUAAUCCAAGAGCCUUAUUAGCACUGAGACAAUGUUUACCGGAUCAAUUAAGAGAUAAUACCUUUGCAACUUGUUUACAAGAGGAUGCAUCUACCAAACAUUGGUUGAAUCAACUUCUUAAGAAUUUAGAAACUGGUCCACAACCAGGUCCUCCUACUCAACCGGGUCAACAAGAUCCUAGGGCUAUUGGAAUGUCACCGCUUACUUCUUAGACCUUAAACUUUUAUUAUUAAAAUAAUGAUUCAUAUUUUUCUAGAGAGAGAGAGAGAGAGAGAGAGAGAGAGAGAGAGAGAGAGAGAGAGAGAAAGAGAGAGAGAGAGCAAGAAAAAAGGAAAAAAGUCAAUCAUACUAUAUAGUAUUAAAGGCUUUCUCGUUUUUAAACAAAAUUGAUUAAUUAUUAUUGAUCAUACGAAAAAGGUAAAAAAUGUUUAUUCUUUUCUUUUUAAUUUGAUUUUUUUUUUACAAUUACGUUUGUGUUUUGAUUUUCUCGUUUUUUCUUUUCCUUUUUGUUUGUUCUACAAAAAGAUUAUUUCUAUAAUGUUAGCCAAUUAUUUCACAGCGAUUGUAGAGAUUAUAAUAUCAAGGUAAAAGAAAAAGAAAAAGAAAAAAAAAAAAAAGAAAAAAAAAGAAAAAAAGAAAAAAAAAAGGAAAAGGACAAUUUUUUGAAUUUUUCUCCGAAUCAUCUUAUGCAAUAAUGUAAAAAUGCGUAUAAUAAUUAUACGUAUAUACAUUGUAUAUGUUUGUAUAUGUAACGUAUAAAAAUUAUCUAUUUGCGGGAUAUAUAAAAUUGCUUGUGAUCAAGUUCUGCGAAUAUUGUAUAGCAAUUAUAUUUUUAACGUCUUCUAAUAUAAUAUAAGAAAACUCAAUCAUCGAAACUUAACUGUAUAUUUUGAAAUAAAGUAUGUACAGUAUGUGAGAA